AUGUUCAAGUUAGCUAGAAGCCAACCUUUGGCAGCUGCCUUGAAGGCAAGCAGGGUAUUUUUUUCACAACCAAAUAGUCUCUUAUCAACAAAGUUAACAUGGUCCAAGGUCUCUAUGUCAUCCCGCAUGGUCGGCGCCGCGCAACAAAAAAGAGCUUUGAGCAUACACGAGUAUCUUUCAGCGGAUUUGUUGAGAAAGUAUGAUAUUGGCGUUCCCAAUGGAGCUGUUGCAAAAUCGGCCGCUGAGGCAGAGGCUAUUGCAAAGAAGAUUGGUGGGGAUGACAUGGUUAUCAAGGCACAAGUUCUUGCCGGUGGAAGAGGAAAGGGUACUUUUGAUAAUGGGUUAAAGGGAGGAGUCCGAGUUAUCUACUCUCCUACUGAAGCAAAGAUGUUCGCAGAGCAAAUGAUCGGACACAAGCUUGUUACCAAGCAAACUGGUGCCCAAGGACGUAUCUGCAACUCCGUCUACAUUUGCGAGCGCAAGUUUGCUCGCCGCGAAUUCUACCUUGCUAUCUUGAUGGAUCGUGCUUCCCAAGGGCCAGUUAUCGUUUCUUCGUCUCAGGGUGGAAUGGAUAUCGAAACUGUUGCCAAGGAGAGCCCAAACGCAAUCACAACUACCUACAUCGAUAUCCACAAGGGUGUUACUGAUGAUAUCGCACGAAAGAUUGUUACUGAUAUUGGCUUCAGUGAACAAUGUAUCGAGGAUGCCAAGGACACCGUUCAAAAACUUUACAAGAUUUUCAUGGAGAAGGAUGCUACUCAAAUUGAGAUCAACCCUCUCUCUGAAACCUCGGAUCACAAGGUUCUUGCCAUGGAUGCCAAACUUGGUUUCGAUGACAAUGCUGAAUUCCGUCAAAAGGAUGUCUUUGAAUGGCGCGACACUACUCAAGAAGACGCUGAGGAAGUCCGUGCCGCAGAAUCUGGUCUUAACUUCAUCAAGCUCGGUGGUGACAUCGGAUGUUUGGUAAAUGGUGCUGGUCUUGCUAUGGCUACUAUGGAUAUCAUUAAGCUUAAUGGUGGUGAGCCAGCUAACUUCCUUGAUGUUGGAGGUGGAGCUACCCCACAAGCUAUCAGGGAGGCUUUCACUCUCAUCACCAGCGACCCUAAGGUUACCGCUAUCUUCGUUAACAUCUUCGGUGGUAUCGUUCGUUGUGAUGCUAUCGCUCAAGGUCUCAUCAGCACUGUUGAGAGCAUGAACCUCAGAAUCCCAAUUAUUGCAAGAUUGCAGGGAACAAACAUGGAAGCUGCACAUCAGUUGAUCAACGAUUCCGGUCUUAAGAUAUUCUCUAUUGAUGACUUGCAAAGCGCAGCAGAGAAGGCUGUCCAGUUCUCAAAGGUUGUGAAGAUGGCUCGUGAUAUCGAUGUUGGUGUUGAGUUUUCUUUGGGCAUUUAA